CCUCUCGGUUCCAGUGUGUUUACUACACUGCCGAGCAUAAGGGAGACACUCGUCUUCACAUGCACUGAACCCACAGAGAACAACAGUUUUUAGUUGUCUUUGUAAGAGCAGCUCCAGGAGAUCAACAUGCCCAAGAGAAAGGGAGCAGAAGGAGGGGAAAAGGAUGAGCCCAAGAGGAGAUCAGCUCGGUUAUCAGCGCAGAAACCGGUCGCAGCCAAGCAGGAGCCAAAGGUCAAGAAGGCAGCGAAGAAAGAAAAGGCUGUGAUCGACAAGAAGGAGGACAAGAAGACCAAGAAGGCAAAGGAGAACGCCGAGGCAGAGGCGAAUGAGGAGAACCACUCCGAAAAUGGAGAGGCCAAGACCAACGAGGUGGAGGCAGCCCCAGAGGAGGCCAAGGAGGAGGCCAAGUCCGAGUAGCACCACUGCCCAAGCUUCCUCUUCCUCCUAUACACCAACCCCCUACCCCGCACCCCACUCCCCCAAACCCCCCCAGCCA